CUUUCGCGCUGCACAAUCAACCAAGUUUUGAUUUUUGCGGGCUUCUCGGUGAACGAGGCACGGGUCGAACAUCGCGACUAUGACUGAUUGACGAUGUAGGAGUAGACGACACUCAAGAAUCGCCACUUGUGCAACACGGGAUAUUUUCCGAUCACUGAGAAACGUGACGAGGAAUUUGUGUUGGAUGCGCGGGUAGCACAGGGUUCCUUGUGUACACAUGUUGAAGCAUGGGUUGUUCCAACACGAAAGCUGUGGAACUGACCAACGAAGAUGUCGAAUUUCUCAAGACGCACACCGACUACGACGAAAACACGAUCCGAGAUUGGUACUCGGGAUUUCAGCAAGACUGUCCCAGUGGACGCCUGUCUCGUUCCAAGUUUCUGGAGAUCUACAAGUUGUUCUUUACCACGGGAAACCCCGACCGGUUCUGCGACCACGUGUUUCGCACGUUCGAUGCCGACAAUAAUGGCCACAUAGACUUCAAAGAGUUCCUCCUGGCCAUCGGGGUGACCAGCAGCAGCAGCUCAGAAGAGAGGCUCAAGUGGGCAUUUCGAAUGUACGACAUCAACAAGGAUGGGAGGAUCGAGCAGAAGGAGAUGAUUAAGAUAAUUCAGGCCCUUUACGAGAUGCUGGGUCCGGGAGCCACGGCGGAGGAAGACACGCCAGAAGAGCGCACGAAGUUGGUCUUCUCCAAGAUGGAUAAAGAUGGGGACGGGAGACUAACCCUGCAGGAGUUCCUCGACGGCUGCUUGCAGGAUCGCAAACUGGCUGCUCUCCUCACCGCUAAUUCGGCCCUGCAACGAUAGCUGCUUGCAUUGUUGGAUCGCGUUCUAUAAGCAGGGCUCCGACGCUUCGGAGUUUCCAUUCGACAGACUGGUCAUCUACCAGAGCCUUCUUUUUCUUUUUUUUUUUUCGACAGUUAACAAAACUUUGUUAGUGUUUGAAUCAACCGGACGCAGCUCAGGGCUCGACGGGCAGCGGCCCAUAAAAAAAGAAAACUGGACAGUGCUGAUGUGGUUUUUGUAUUGUAGCGUCUGUAAGGAAUAACUAAUAAACUGCAUAGAGCAGUAUUUGUUCAACACAACAACAACAACAACUUUACUUUGAAAUGAUGAAUGGGGGAGUUCAGUAUUUGUCCAGUUUUUCGUGUAGCUUUUGAAUACGUGCCAAUUAGGGGUGGUCACGCAGUCUUUUCUGUUCGUCGGUCGAAGGCACAAAGGAGUUUUUGAAUUUAUCUUUUUUGGGGAGGGCCUUGGUCAGCCUUGUAGCAAGUCCGAUGUCUGCAGAACAAAAUUCCCGUUGCGCAUCAUCCGAAGAGUCGGAUUCCCUAGUUAUAGGAACACUGAGCAGGAGAGUUCUAUGUGGUUGCUUUUGUAGUGGAACAUUUUCAGUGUGACUGUUCAUAUCACCACGAUUACUGUAAUUUCACGCGUAUUAGCCGCAACUUAUGUGCAUUUUUAUUAUUUUUUUCGCGUGCGCCCUGCGGCUUAUCUGAUGACUAUUUUCCCCGGGUAUUUUCACCAUACCCCAGUCUUAACGAAAGGGCCGACAGUGUCUCAUGUUUUCCGGAACAGCACCACCCUGCCAAUGCACGAACAAUGCGUAAAAGGGGUGCGUCCACGUUCGAGCAGAUUGACCUUCCUGGUACCUUCCCCCAUGCAGCUUUAACGAACGGGGUGACAGUGAUCCAUGUCUUCUGGAAGUGGUCGGAAGUGAUCUGGUUCAGUGAUUCAUGGCGGAGCCGUCUUGCUGCGCGCGCCCAUGCGGUCCAGUGGGUGGUAGUCAAACUGGAGGAGCAUCUCAACGGAAGUUAUUGACAGCGCUUUCAGAAAAUGCCUUAGUGAGCCGCUCCGUAAUAUUUCUCAUGUUGGCCUCCCUUCUGUCGAAUAAGCGAUAUCCAUUUUCACUGCGUUAAAGUCACUGUUGAUUUUGUAUCUGCAUCACUGGUUUACCGUUGUAUUGCCCGCGGCUUAUCUGCCGGAAAAUUUUCAAAAUAUUCCUAUAAAACGGGUCCUGUGGCUUAUCUGCAGUGUGGCUUAUACGCGCGAAAUUACGGUUAUUAAAUUAUGUAAAUUAUAAUCCACAGUUGUAGAGAAGGAAUGUAAGGGGGUGCUAUGCACUAGAGUUGAUGACAUUGCAGAUUUUGGUACGUAAAAUAGUAGUUUCGUAGGAAGAAAGCACGAUUGGAGGAUCUUUCAGUAACUCCAAAUUUUCAUGCCAAAACAUGCACAAAUUAUAGAAUAGGCCAUCUUUUGCUUAUCAUAUGUAUCUGAGAUAAAACAGCGCACUUCCCACAUCUAGAAAUAUAGAACACAUAAUGGCACAAGCAUCGCCUUCUGCAUACUUUGCAUCUUUGUACUUUGUUGCGCACAGACUAUAGUCAUUUGAAUGGAAUCAUAAAUUUGCAGCAUGAGAACAUCGUUGUAUCAAUGUUUUCCCCCAACGAAGUUUGUUCGUCAUAACAAGAAUGGGUCCAGGGUAGUCCAGCGUGUACUUAUACUCUGCUAUAGAUUUAAGGUUAUUUACAUAAAGGCCUCGCAAGUGUCGCACAUCUCGUGGAACAGAAACACGCAGUUGCAGACAGUACCUCGGUAAACUAUGAAACGCUUGCUUUCAAACAGCAUUCAGUCUUGCCUGCUGCUGAAGCACGUGAGAGGUGCUUUGAAUCUCAGGCCUUGGAAAGUCCAUCCACUUCAUUCUGUCUUACUGAAACCAGUGAAGAUGUUUGCCUUAGAACCUUUCAAUAGCACCAGAAGGUGCCCGAGAAAUGGAAGUGCCUAGAGUGCAGCGUAGGGCUACAGUAACAAAACAGCUUUUCAGCACGUCAGGGAAGAAAUGUUUGUGUGUCACAUAUAGUUUGUUCCUUCAGGAAUGAAAGGCAUUUGUACAUCCCUGAGCAAGAUAACUCCUUUUUAUAUGUCUUACAAAUAAUUUCACAUUGCAUUGUGCUUUGCAUUGUGUAGUGGGCAUUUUAGUGUUGUAGGUGAUAUAAACUUUUAGCCAUUGCGCGCACUUUCUUUUGGUGUCGGUAGCUUUAUUUGAACCAGAGGAAAGUGACUUGUUAAGAUGAGCUUCCAUUACAAUGACAUUCUCUCUGUGUGCACUUGUGAUUUGACGUGAAUGCACGUCGUGCUUCUUGUGUGCUUUCUUCUUGAGUGAUAAGGUUGCCUUGUUGAUGUCAUGGACAGGAACUAUUACGUUACCUUUCGAAAAAAAAAAAGUUUUGUUUACUUCCAUGUUUUACCUCUAUUCGAUCUUACGCACACUUCAACCGGCCAUCACAAAAGAAGCCUUUCGUGCGUGCAUAUCCAACAUUCGUGUAACAGUAUGCCUUAUCGAUCAAGAUAUGCCUAGAUUUUACAAUGCCACUCUAUUGUACUCCCACAUGGCAUGAUGAUCAGGUGCAACUAACAAGAUGUCAGAGGAAAAUUGUGUGUCAACAUUUCUAUCAUAUCUGGUGACCACUGUGCAAGUCCUUUUGACGCUAGUGAACAUAGUG